GAUUUCUCUGGUUUCGGUUGUUUGCUCAGCCCGUGCAACAAAGAACAGCCAUCGAGAGUUCGAGACCCUCUCCAUAGGUCUGCCCUCGCCGCGCUUUUUAAAGAAAUCACAACCAAUCUCCGAAAGCGUCCGCCGAAAUGGUUUUGUGUUGUUGCAUCGAAUGGCGUCGAACAGCAACAACCAAUCAAGGGCAAUCGGGGGCCCUUCGCCUCUUCUGAACCGGGGAAUAGGCUCGCCGGCGGCCAACCAGCCCUCCCUUCUCCGCCCACCCUCGCUGCCUCAGGCGCCGGGUGGUUCCCCUUUCCAAGGCCUUUGUCAGACCCCGCCCCAGUCCCAGGUCCGCUCCCCGUUCCAGGUCCAGUUCGGAAACGCCGUGCUCGGCACCGUUGGAGCCUCCUCCCCUUCCUUCCCCACCCCAGGCUCGUCGGCCGCGAAAAGACCCCCUCAGAAGCUGCUGGCUCGCCCCACGGCACCCGCCCCUGCUGCUGCCAAUUUUAGCUUCAAGUCUGCGGAGCUGACCCCGGCUGCCCGGAGAAAGAAGCGGAAGCUUCCGGAGAAGCAGCUGCCUGACCGGGUCGCUGCUCUCUUGCCCGAAUCCGCCCUCUACACCCAAUUGCUUGAAUUCGAGGCCCGGGUGGAUGCUGCCCUUGCAAGGAAGAAGAUUGACAUCCAGGAAGGCUUAAAAAACCCUCCUUCCUUGCAGAGGACCCUCAGGAUUUAUGUCUUCAAUACUUUUGCCAACCAGACCCGCACAAUUCCUGAGCCAAAGAAUUCUGAGCCCCCUUGGUGGUCCCUGAAGAUCAUUGGUAGGAUAUUAGAAGAUGCUGUGGAUCCCGAUCCUGCCAGCGGGCUGCCUAAGCCCAAUCCUAUGUAUCCUAAGUUCUCAUCUUUCUUUAAGAGGAUUACCAUUGCUCUGGACUCGACACUCUACCCAGAAAACCCGACAAUUAUAUGGGAGAAUUCACGCUCACCAGCACCACACGAGGGCUUUGAGGUUAAGCGGAAAGGAGACAAGGAGUUCACUGCCAGCAUAAGGCUGGAGAUGAAUUAUAACCCCGAGAAGUUUAAAUUGUCACCUGCAUUGAUGGAGGUUCUGGGGAUCGAGGUUGAUACACGUGCCAGAAUUAUAGCUGGGAUAUGGCAAUAUGUCAAGGCAAAGAAGUUGCAGAACCCAAGUGAUCCCUCCUAUUUUACUUGUGAUCCACCUUUGAAGAAGGUAUUCGGAGAAGACAAGAUGAAGUUUGCCAUGUUGUCACAGAAGAUCUCGCGGCAUUUGUCUACUCCACAACCAAUUAAUUUGGAGCAUAGGAUCAGGCUUUCAGGGAAUGGUGCAGUGGGCAAUGCUUGUUAUGAUGUGCUGGUUGAUGUUCCUUUCCCACUACAGAGAGAAAUGUCGGCCUUCCUUGCUAACACAGAGAAAUACAAAGAAAUUGAGGCCUGCGAUGAAGCUAUUUGCACUUCUAUUAAGAAGAUUCAUGAGCACCGCAGGAGGAGGGCAUUCUUUCUUGGGUUCAGUCAGUCGCCAGUGGAGUUUAUAAAUACUUUGAUUGCUUCUCAGAGUAGGGACUUGAAGCUUGUUGCUGGGGAAGCAAGUCAUAAUGCUGAAAGGGAACAUCGUUCUGACUUCUAUAACCAGCCAUGGGUUGAAGAUGCUGUCAUACGUUAUCUAAAUCACAAGCCAGCAGGGGGCAAUGAUGCUCCUGGUAGCACAUGAAUGCAACAUCGAUUAUGCUUUGUAGGAGAAAGUAGCAAUUUAUGUUAAUUAUUGCCAAAUCAGAUGUUGCUUGAAGGUUCUUGUAGUUUUUGCAGCCUUUAGUUCCUAGAGAAGUUUCAGGGCUUAUGUGAAUGAUUUCUGAGAUGCAGUUAUCUUUGCCGAGAUGCAAGCUCAGCUUGACCAUGAAGAUCACACUAAACCCAUUAGUGGUGCAAGAAUGCGUUGCAAAAACAGGAGCAGAACUAUGGUGGAGCUUACCAUUGGCCUUUCUUUGGGGCUCACAUAUUUCAUCGCUUAAAAAUUCGCUCUGGAUUAGCCUUUUUGUAAUGAUUUUGUGUACCUUUUCUUCCACGAGAACCUCACAUCAAGAAUUUCUCACCUUUUUGAUGUAAAAUUUUUCAUGUUUCCUGCUUCUUGAAUCAAAAGUCAUGGGGAGUUUUGCUUAUCUCAA